AUGGCCUCCGACUGCAUAAACGCUUUCUUAAUCGCUAUCCUCCCCAAACUGCUCUCUGCUGGGGUGUGGCUUGUUGUGUUCGCUUGGAAUUUUUUCUGGGCCCGGCCGAGUUGGCCGCUACUGCGGUGGCCACGAGAACAUGUCCCCUUCCGGGUCCAAGAACUAGGCGAGGUACUAGCUCGCUACCAACAGCAGCAGCAGCAACAGCAGCAGCAACAGCAGCAGCAGCAGCAGUCCCGGCCGCAGACACCUCGAGCUUGGCAGCCUCAAUCAAUAAGAGAUGUGGCCCCUGUCAACGCUAGCCCUGCCGCUGCUGCCCCUGCCGCCGCUGCCCCUGCCCCGAUCAACACGCCCAUCUCCAUGGACCGUCUUACAGUUGACUUUGGCAAUUUAACUUUUUCCUGCCGCGGAAGUAUCACCGGACAGGCUCCGGUUGAUAAUAAUACGCAACGAGACGACGAACUAGCACCCGCCAACGCCGCCCCUACUAACGCCGCCGCCGCCCCUACUAACGCUACCGCCGCCCGGGAGCGCCCAGAGCCCUCGUGGCGGCCUUAG